AUGGACGUCCCGGCAUUGAUUGGUAAAGCUGAUGAAGUUCAAAAUACAGAAGCAAAAUUUGAUGAUGCUGCUCUUGAUCUCUCCAUUGCCACCGUCUCCAGCACAGUGCUACGGGACCUUUUAAAAUCCUUUUGCGAGACAAUACCUGGAGUAAAAGAGAAAACCAUUGAGCAUUUACUUGUCGCAAAGAACGAGGUACCACCAUUACCAGACUUGGACUCAAAAGGGGAGUCAGACGAGGAGUCAGACGAGGACGAGGAUACCGAUAAACCCACAACCGCAUUGGCCCAACAACCAAGCGGCAAAAGACCUCGCUAUUCACAGUGUCAAAGAUGCAACAAGGAGUUUGAUCAUUCACAAAAUACUCGGACAUCUUGCAUCUACCACUCAGAGGAAGCGUAUGCAGACCACGACUCCGAAUUAUACGAGGACAACGAUUUCUUCGGGCCAGAAGAAGCGAACAGUGACCCAGGCUAUAAAGAGGAAUAUCCAGAAUACUUUAUAUUUGGAUGCUGUGGGGACAAUUACCGGGAGAAUCCUGACGGUUGUAAAACUGGUUGGCAUAGGGAGGCGGCGCCGGCGAAGAAGAAUCGUUACUUCUCAUGA